AGCAUCUUCACCCCGUCUAAAUGUUUUUUCCUUUUCACUCCAUUUUAUUACAUUUUACUAUUGGUCUCUUUGAUGGCGUCCGGUUACGAUUAAAUAUUCUUACGUCUGAUUCAGCCCUAGAACCACCGACACGUCCGCCUACAUUUAUCGUUAACGAUAUAAUUCCAUAGCCGGGCGGUGAAUUUCCACAGAUAAUCGGCAUUGAUGGUAAUGCAUGCGAGGAAACUUCAAAGGAUUAGUGAUGGGUAUUAUGACAAGAACCCGUCCCAUCAGUAUCAGAAUUCUAAAUAUUUAGUUUCAAAAAAUUCUAGCAGUGAUCAAAAGUAUGGCAGUGUUAGGGGAAACGGUACCUCGUAUCCAAGUCCUAGCCGAGGAAGUCCAUCACGAGAUCGAUCAUACUCUAGCAAAAGUUCAUAUCAUUCUCAAAAAAGUCACAGAGAUAAGGAGAGAGAUUCUCGAGACUAUAAAUCUAGGAAUAGUGAUAAAUAUUCAGAUUAUAGUAGGUCACCAAAAGAUAGACGAAGUAGAGAUGAAUAUAGAACAAACCACGAUCGGAUUAGUCCGGAAAAAAUGGUUGUUCAUUCUGUGAAAUGGUCAAAUUCUAGGGAUUCUAGAGAUUCUAGAGAAUCUGGUCAGCGGAAAGUUGUUCAUAGCUCUUGUCAGAGUAGCAGCAGUAGUAGUAAUAACCGCGAAUCCAGGUCUGGCGGAAGUUCGACCGUCACUAAGGUUGGUGAUUGGUCUGAACAUACAAGUUCUUCAGGCAAAAAAUACUAUUAUAAUUGUAAAACCGAAGUAUCCCAAUGGGAUCAGCCAAGAGAAUGGUUAGAAGCUUAUCCAGCAUCUCAACCUUCUCGAACACAAUACCACCAUGACAAACAUUCCAAUAACUCUAUGAUGAGAUCAUCAUCCAUGAGCAAUCAUGUGAACAAAGUUUCACAACAGUCCUCUCAACAACAAGUUAACUCUACAAGUAGACCAACUCACCAUCAAAAAGAUGCUUAUUGGAACCAAAUGCGAAGUAAUAAUCUUCCAAUAAAUGUCUCGCAAUCUCUUCAUGUUUCUGAGUGUAAUGUAGAUAGACUUGAACAAGAUGGACCUACAAUAAUCAAUUCCUGCGAUUCUUCGCAAACCCAAGAUAUGGAAUUGUGUAGUGGCGACAGCACUCCUACUUCAGAAAAGUCCUUUCAACUAUCAAAUGUACCUGCACAAAGGCACAGUUCUUCAACUCCUCAAUCACAAGUAAAAGGAGCUGAAGUUAACAGUGAACCAUGUGAAAGAACAAAUGUUGAUGUUGGAUCAACAACACCACCAUUAUCAAAUAUAACUCAGAAUUUAGUUGAUUUAUCGACGACCAAUAAUGUUACUGAACGAAGUCCACCCACUCCUGCAAGCACAGAAACUAAUAAUACCCAAGAAGUUAAAGGAAGUCCUGUAACAAGCCAUGCAGAACAAGUUGUCCAAGUCAACAAUGUAAUGAGUUACAGACAGCUUGGAACUACAACGUCUCCUGUCAUGUCAAACUUUCUACGUGAUGAUUUAACAUCACACGUUAAAUCGUGGCCAGCUGAUAUUUUAGCAAAACAGGCACAAAAAUUAAAUGAAGAAGCCCAUAUAUUAGGAAGUGUACACUGUUCACGGGUAUCAGCAGAACUCAAAUAUGCAAGAUCUAUUGUUCGUUUGACUGAAGUGCAAGCAUCCUUACUAGAACACAAGGUGUUAUUUUUACAGCAACAAAUUAAAACUUUAGAAAAAUUAAAAUCUGAAAAUUCAUUUAUGGGUGAAGGAGAUGAAGGAAGGACGACUUAAAUAUACUAUGGCUUGUAUUCUAAAGAUAUAAUAUUAUCUACCUCAACAUUUUCAAUUCAACUAAUUACACAUUGUAUUGUUUUUUUUUUUUUUUGUUUAAUAGUAAAAACAAAAUAUUUAAAAUUAUUUGUUUCGUUAAGAUUAAAUAUCAGAACAUGAAUCAAUCUAGUUUUUGUAAAGUAUUGCAUACAAUUUCUUAUAUCAUAUUUUUGUAAUAUAGUUAUUAAUUAUGCCAUAAUUUUCUAUACAUACAUUUAUUUUUCUUCAGACUAAGUAUUAUAUUUAAAUUAUUUGAUUGGUGAAUUAAAGUCUGUGUUGCUUAGAAAAGUAAAUAUUUAAGGUUUAACAAUAUGCAAGUUAUUUUAGUUUAUUAUUAAUUUAUUUAUUUAUGGUAAUUUGAAUUAACGGGUUUAAUUUAAAUGAACCACACAAACUAUUUUUUCUUGGUCAAUUAUAUUCCAUUUGUAAAAAUUUGCUUAAAUUAUUUGUGGUAUAAAAAAAAAUUGCAUUGUAAUUUUAUAUUAUAUAUUUUUUUCAAUAUAAAAUUUGUUACUA